AGAGCUUCCUGGUUCUCGCGAAUUCUCGCAGGGGCGUCAAGCCGGUGGGGGGUGAAAGGGGCCGAGAGACAGAAAAACAGACAGACAGAGAGACAGACAGGGUCACCGCGCGCGGACAGGUGAGCGCAGUGUGCGCAGUCGCUGGACGUGCAGGCGUGCGAAGGUGACGGAGUGGGUUGCUACCGGAAGUGAGCGCGCGCCGGUCAGGUGGGACGCGGAGGAACCGCUCAGGUGACAUACAGGUGAGAGCUGAGAGUGAGACACAGAGAGAUUGGCACAGCUGAGUGUUUAUGCGAUUUCGGUGGCGAUGUCUCCCGGAGAGGACGGUCUGAUCGGAAUCCCAUUCCCUGAACAUAGCAAUGAGCUGUUGUCCCGCCUCAAUGCUCAGCGCCGCUCAGGCCUGCUCUGCGACCUCACACUGACCUCCCGUGGUGCUCGUUACCCCACACACCGUGCUGUCAUGGCCGCCGUCAGCCUUUAUUUCCGGCGGCUGUUUGGUGCAGAGGAAGUGGGUGAGGCCGGUGAGGUGAGUGAGGGCUGCAGCGUGUGCCAGCUGGACUGCGUGACCCCAGAUGCACUGGACGCUCUGCUAGAGUUUGCCUACACAGCUACGUUAACCAUCCGCUCAUCUGGCAUGCGUGAGGUCCUUGAGGGGGCGCAGCUCCUCGGCAUCCAGUGUGUGGCUGAUGCAUGCCGCCACAUCUUGGGUGAGGUGGGGGACACCGAUGAGCUGGGUGAGGAGGGUGGGGAACCAGGUGGAGGAGGGCAGGUGGGUGUUGCCAACAAGGAAAGAGCAAGUCAUGUUGAGAAAGACCAGAAGACACCAUCACGCAGGAAACAAGACCGUCGCAACGUGGAGAAGACAGCAUCUUCUGUACGGCUGGCAUGGAACACCGAAUCCCAGAAAGACAAACCUAAAUGUGAAGCUCCACCUACCCCUGAGCACAAACCCCACCCACCACAAAAUGGAGCUUCACAAAGUGCUCAGCAGGUGGUGCUCAUGAAUGGAGGAGCUCACUGGGAUCCACAGCAAGCUCAAGAGGACGAGUCAAAACCUGAGGGGCUCACACCUCCUCUAAACCACACCCCCUCUCAGGCAGAAACAGCAGUGGGCGGAGCAGUAGAGGGCAGAAAGAGGAAGUCUCAAGCUCCUCAGCAGUGUCCUGUCUGCCAGAAGAUCAUCCACGGAGCAGGAAAACUUCCACGUCACAUGAGGACACACACAGGCGAGAAACCUUUCCAGUGCAUGACCUGUGGUGUGCGCUUCACGCGAAACGAUAAGUUGAAGAUCCACAUGCGGAAACACACAGGCGAACGUCCGUAUUCCUGCCCCAGCUGCCCCGCCCGCUUUCUGCACUCCUAUGACCUGAAGAACCACCUGUCCCUGCACAGCGGGGUGCGGCCCUACGAGUGCCCCCUCUGCCACAAAGCCUUCGCCCGUGAGGACCACCUGCAGCGCCAUCGCAAGGGCCUCGCCUGCCUUGAGCUUCGCCCACGUCUGGAGCUCCGCCCACGCCAUGCUCGCCACGCUGCUUCUCCGCACUCUCCUUCAUCGCCAGCGUCGUUAUCUCCGACAUCCUCAUCAUCUACUGCACCACACAUCCUGUUCCGUCAGGAAGCAGAUAACCUGGCCACUCCCUCACACGGGCCAUUGAUCUCAGGAGGAAUAACGUAUCCCAGAAUCCUCCAUUGGAGGGUAAUGGAAGAGACGGGGGGUACAGGAUGGAGGGAGGAUGAGGAAGAGUCUUAGUGUGUGUGUGUGUGUGUGUGUGUGUGUGUGUGUGUGUGAGAGAGAGAGAGAGAGAGAGACUGUACCGCUAAUUCCAGACCAACUUAAUGUAAAAAACAACCAGAAGUCUUAACAUAAGGAAUCUGAACGGAGAAACGGGUUCUUUUUUUUCUUUCCUCUCGUAUUGUCUUUCUAAAAAGUGCUUUUGUUUUCAUGUGUAACGCUGGAACGUCAGGGCUUUGAUCUUUGCACGUUGUUCUCAACUUUAAUCUUUAAUUACAGAAAUGAAUAAUAAAUGAUAGAUUUAUGUUGUUAAUAUAUUCAGGGUGAUGAAAUCGAAAAUUAAAUAAUACUGUGAGUUUAGGGUAUAAAUAUUGUGUGUGUGUGUGAAUUUUAAAUAGUGCUGUUUAAGUCCAAGAUUCUGUUUAAAUGGUAGAGAGAGUGGUUUAUCAGUGACGCCUGGUGGUGUGAAACAGAACUGCACUUCUUCACUCCACUGCUGUUUAUAACACACCCGCAUCUCGUCCACUGCCCUGACUCCUCACAAGGGUUUUUCUUGUAUCGCCACCUGAGCAUGCAUAUGAGAAAACACACACACACACACACACACACAGAAAACAUUGCAUUUAUCUAAAUUUUGUUCAUUUUACGUUGGCUUGACAGAACCAACAUUCUCUUCUUCUUCUACCUGCAAAUUUCCUCAGUCCUCAUGGGUUGCAGUCUAAGAUCCUUUACAGGAAUAGUGUGCUUUUUGGAAAGACUGGAAAUAUCUUUGCCAUGUAGUGAUGCUCCAGACUGAGUUUGUUUUCUCGGCAGAGGAACACUUUGAAAGGGUUUUCUUGCGAGUGUUUUCAGCUUUCACAGGAUUCAGCCCUUUCUUCAUUCAGCUAGACUAAAGACUAUUAAAACUGCUCCACCUCCUGAAACCCUAGCAACCACCUGGGACCCCAUAACAGCCACCUAGCAAGACCCUAGCAACAAGCUGGCAUAGCAUAGCAACCCCCUAGCAACACUUUUGCAAACAAAAUGGUUAGCAUUGCAGUAACCUAGCAGCAUACUAGCAAACAACUGGAACAUAACAGUCAGCACUUAGCGUGUUGCGAUAUAACAUUUUAAUGCUUUAAUAUUUAAAGCCUUGAGCUUUUUAACCUUUACAUGCUUCAUUGUUCAGAUCGACACACCCUAGCAACCAACUGGGCUAGUAUCACAUAACCUUUAAACAUAUGUAACCUUUACUUCUUUUACACUUUUAGACUUUAUCUUUACAUUCUCAACGUAACUUAGCAUGUAAAGCGAAAACCUAAUAUUUUAGAGAUUUGAAAUCAAGGACAACAAACCAUUGGAAUGUUGUUUCAGACUUGUAGCAUGUUUAGCAGGGUCAGUGUUAAAGCUCAACUAGCCUUCUGGUUAUUUUUACAAAUGUUUAUUCCUCUGUAACUUGCUAACUUUCUAGAUUACCACCUGACACUUUAACACUAUGACACCUAUAAGAAGUAACCUAGCUGAUGUGAUUCCACAUCUAAAGUUCAGUAUUUUACACAAUUUAUUGACAUUAUCUUGCUAAUUGUAUGAGAACUGGCUUAGUCAGUGUGCUAAUUAGCGUUGUUCACUAAAAGGAAUAUUACUACUCAGCAUGAUAAUAGUCAAAUAAACUAGCCUGUUGAGUGCUGGUGAGAAUGCUAGCAGAAUAGAAUAAUAAUGACAAAUUAUUUAAAAUGAGGUUUUGUUUGACCAGUGACAAAAAGUGAUAAAAGAACAAAGUAAUAAAGUAAUGGAGUGGCCAUUAAAACAGCCAAAGGGAAAGGGAUUUAACCUGCUAGCAUGCAUUCCAGCUAACAUGCUAAUUACCUGAAGAUACUUUAGCAAAAUGGAUGAGGGGAAAGUGUGAGAGGGGCAGUGUUAAAAACAGGACUGGUAGUGGACCCAAUUCCUGAAGUUCACAAUGAGUUUAGUGCUUUAUCAGGACCAUCUCUGUACUCUCUUGUUGUUGUUGUUGUUAUUGAUAAUAAUAACAACAGGAAGUUCAUGUUACUUUCUGUGUCGAUUCAUGUAAACUUUAGAACUGUCUGUGGGUUUAUUUAUUAGUUUAAUAUUUAAUAUUUGUUGUUCAAACACACACACACACACUGUUCUCUGUGUCUCUGUGGUCUCUGUCAGGUGAAGUGAGGAGGGAAGUGACUUAGUCCAGCAGGAGGGUCGCUGUCUCACACACUAGCAUUCAUGUCGAAGAUUUAUCCAUCAUGUCUCCACACUGCACUGACUUUCACUUCCUGCGGCAGAGUUUAUGUUGUACUGUGGUCAGGGAACUGCUGAUGGAAGGACUCGCUCUUCUGUAUGCCACUGAUCUUUACAGUCAGCACACCUCCCACCAUUUUAGCCUUUCACUGAGUUUUCCUUCCUCCUACAGUUCCAGAAGGUUUGGUUUCUCAGAUGAUUCCUGAGCUCAUGGCUCUGAGUCCUGUUAAUGCUGGAGGUCCAGUCUGAGCGCUUUCUUACUUUACUGAUUUGUUUUUUAUUUAAAUCUUAAUGAAAUGAAUUGAAUACCUGAAUGAGUUGUGUGUUUAAAGAAGGGUUAUAGAGCUGUGAGUAAAACUGCCUUCAAUUUCUCAGGAAUUCUAUAAAGCAAUGCACUGAAAGCAGGAUGUAAAUGAAUAUGCAAAUGAGCGGGGACAUGAUGUCCUGGGUAUUUUUGUGGAAUACAGAUGAUGCUAUAAUGUUGGAAAGUUCUAAAUAAAUGAGUAGAGAUUUUAUAUUAUAUAUUAUAAAGUUAGAGUUUAUUACAGAAGCAGUUCAUUAGGGAAUAAACAUAUCACUGUUAAUGAGGAAAAUCAUUCCAUUCUCUGGUGUAAACACAGGGUUAAUAAACACCAACUA